UUCGUGUGCUCCCGCCCCGAUUGUGGGACUUGGAGGAGCCUUGUGAUGUGAAAGGCUGGACCUUUGUUCUUUUCCUCUAAUGGCGACAGCUGCUUCGGUUGGUGCUUGAGGGCGAGGCCAUUUAAGUAGAGGUUUUUGGGAGAGUAAUGGGAGCCAUUCUAGUGACGAGGCACCAGAGGGUGAUGGGUGGAGUCUCAAAGAGAAUGGUCUGCUUCCUCUGCAUCUCUUGCUUCUGCCUUGGGGUUUUAUUGGUGAACAGGAUAUUGAGUGUUUCCGAGCUUGCGGGAGGAAAGGCGGCAUCAUCAAAGGGAAGUUAUAAAAGGAGAUACCUGGAAAGAUCUGUACAUUGCGAAAGAAAGGAAACUUCAAUCCCUGGGGAUAUCCUUGGUCAAGUAUCACAUACUCAUGAUAUAAUUAUGAGUUUGGAUAAAACAAUUUCUGAUCUAGAGAUGCAACUGGCGGCUGCUAGAGCUGCACAGGUAAGUGAUCAGGACACCUUUCAGAAAACUAUGGGAUCUCAAACAGAACCACUGAAGGGUCGUCGGAAAGUUUUCUUUGUGAUGGGCAUUAUGACUGCUUUUAGCAGUAGAAAACGCAGAGAUUCAAUUAGAGAUACUUGGAUGCCUCAAGUUGAAAACCUAAGAAGAAUGGAGCAAGAGAAAGGAAUUGUUAUGCGCUUUGUUAUUGGCCGCAGCUCGACACCUGGUGGUGUUUUAGACCGUGCUAUUGAAGCGGAAGAAAAGCAGCAUCAGGAUUUCCUUAGACUGAACCAUGUUGAAGGUUAUCAAGAGUUGUCUUCAAAAACUCAGAUAUAUUUCUCCAUUGCAGUGGCUCUGUGGGAUGCUGAUUUUUACAUCAAAGUAGAUGAUGAUGUGCAUGUAAAUCUUGGUGUUCUUGCUUCUAUUCUAGCACACCAUAAAUCAAAACAACGUGUCUAUAUUGGCUGUAUGAAAUCUGGACCUGUUUUGGCAAAACAGGGUGUCAAAUACCAUGAACCAGAAUACUGGAAAUUUGGCGAGGAUGGCAACAAAUAUUUCAGACAUGCAACAGGACAAUUAUAUGCAAUCUCCAAGGAUCUUGCUACUUACAUAUCAGCCAAUCGGCAUAUACUGCAUAAAUAUGCCAAUGAAGAUGUUUCUCUGGGUUCCUGGCUUAUUGGCCUUGAUGUUGAGCACAUUGAUGAGCGGAGUAUGUGCUGUGGAACUCCUCCAGACUGUGAGUGGAAAGCCCAGGCUGGAAAUGCCUGUGCUGCAUCCUUCGACUGGAGCUGCAGUGGCAUUUGCAAAUCAGUGGAGAGAAUGGAGGAGGUCCAUCAACGUUGUGGAGAGGAUGAAGGAACAAUCUGGCACUUAUCAAUUUGAGAUAUGGCCUGCUUUAUGCUUUUUAGUUUAUGGCCAAUAUCUCUCCCUUGUAUUAUAUCAAGGCACUAAGAAUCGGAGAUGAUACUUGUGUUAGGUAACUGCAAUUUUGAGGUGAUAUGAAAUUGCUAGAGAAAAAAAAGGUUAAGCAUAUCCGGAUGAAAUAUUUGGUUAGAAGGCAACUCUCUCUAGUCCGGAGCUACUCUAACAUUUUUACGUAUCUGUUUGUUUGGCAUUCAAGCUUUGUUUGAGACGAUUUUCUUACUGCUUCCUAAAACAGACUUUGUUUGUGCUAGAAAGCUGCUUUAAGAAACA